AUGGGAAUGUGGGAGGAAGCGAGUGACCCAGUGAUGGGGAAGAAGGAUAAAAAUGAGGAGCGGAAGGAGAGAAUCCUGAAUCUCACACUGGAGAUUAUCUAUCUGCUGACUGGAGAGGGCUACGUCAUCCCUAAGAAGAAGAGCCCAACUGUGGGUUUGGGGGCCCUGCAUGCCCCUGGCUCCGUCAUACAGAAGGAAAAUGACAAGAAGAUCCUGGAACUCAUCUCCAACAUCAUCCAGCUGCUGACUGGAGAGGUUGCCAUAAGGUGUGAGGAUGUUUCCAUCUAUUUUUCCUUGGAGGAGUGGGAGUAUAUAAAAGGAAACAAGGCCCUUUACAGGGAAGGGAUAAAGGAGGAGGAGCCCCAGCAGCUCCGCCCACUGGCCUGUGAGUAUAAAGAUGGGAGCGAUGUUACAGCACAUACGGAAGCAACUUUAUGUUGUAAUAAUGAUGGGAAUCUCACAAACCCUGAUGUUUCUCCAGCGGAACAGCCCCCACCGGCCAAUGGGAUUAAAGAGGAAGCGGCUUCAUGUGAAGUGGGAAACCAAUCAGAUUGCAGCAUUAAUCCCCUUACAGAACACAUACAGGGAACAGACACCCCUACUCCUAUCAUGGGGUGCAGCCUGAAUAACAGCUCGGCAGUUAAUUAUGCAUCAAAUGAUGUAAAGGAGGACUUAAUUUCUUCAUGGGGAGGGGGAAACCAAUCAGAUUGCAGCAUUAAUCCCCUUACAGAACAGAUACAGGGAACAGACACACCUACUCCUAUCAUGGGGUGCAGCCUGAAUAACAGCUCGGCAGUUAAUUAUGCAUCAAAUGAUGUAAAGGAGGACUUAAUUUCUUCAUGGGGAGGGGGAAACCAAUCAGAUUGCAGCAUUAAUCCCCUUACAGAACAGAUACAGGGAACAGACAUACCUACUCCUAUCAUGGGGAGCAGCCUGAAUACCUUACAAAUGACAGGUAAUAAUCAUGAUGAAAAUUCCCACAUAACAAAAAAUACAUUACGUAGGAAAUACAGCUGCAAUGAGUGUCAGAUACAUUUUAGUAAUAAGAGAGACUUUGAUAAACACCAGAGAACCCACAAAAGAGAGAACCUUUUUUCUUGUUCUGAUUGUGGGAAAUGUUUUUCAAACCGAUUUGAACUUGAUGGUCAUCAAGGGACUCACACAGGGGAGAAACCAUUUUCAUGUUCUGAAUGUGAGAAAUGUUUUUCAAAAAAAUAUAAUCUUAUUUCUCAUCAAAGGACUCACACAGGGGAGAAACCAUUUUCAUGUUCUGAAUGUGGGAAAUGUUUUUCAAAACGAUAUAACCUUAUUUCUCAUCAAAGGAUUCACACAGCGGAGAAACCAUUUUUAUGUUCUGAAUGUGGGGAAUGUUUCACAAACCAAUCACUCCUUAAAACUCAUCAUAGAACCCACAUGGGGAUGAAACCAUUUCCUUGCUUUGAAUGUGGGAAAUGUUUUUCAAACGAAUCUGAGCUUGAUCGUCAUCAAAGGACUCACACAGGGGAGAGACCAUUUUCUUGUUCUGAAUGUAGGAAAUGUUUUUUAACUAAAUCUAAUCUAGAUCGUCAUCAAAGGACUCACACAGGGGAGAAACCAUUUUCUUGUUCUGAAUGUGGGAAAUGUUUUUCACAGCAAUAUGACCUGAAAGUUCAUCAUAGAACCCACACAGGUGAGAAACCAUUUUCAUGUUCUGAAUGUGGAAAAUGUUUUUCAGGCCAAUCCGACCUUAAAAUUCAUUAUAGAGCCCACACAGGGGAGAAACCAUUUUCUUGUUCUGAAUGUGGUAAAUGUUUUUUAAGAAAAUCUCAUCUAGAUCGUCAUCAAAGGACUCACAAAGGGGAGAAACCAUUUUCUUGCUCUGAAUGUGGGAAAUGUUUUUCACAGCAAUAUGACCUAAAAGUUCAUCAUAGAACCCACACAGGUGAGAAACCAUUUUCAUGUUCUGAAUGUGGAAAAUGUUUUUCAGAGCAAUACGACCUGAAAAUUCAUUAUAGAACCCACACAGGGGAGAAACCAUUUUCAUGUUCUGAAUGUGGGAAAUGUUUCUCAAGCAAAUUUUAUCAUGAUUGCCAUCAAAGGAUCCACACAGGGGAGAAGCCAUUUUCUUGUUUUGAAUGUGGUAAAUGUUUUUUAAGAAAAUCUUGUCUAGAUCGUCAUCAAAGGACUCACAAAGGGGAGAAACCAUUUUCUUGUUCUGAAUGUGGGAAAAGUUUUUCAGAGCAAUAUGACCUGAAAAUUCAUUAUAGAACCCACACAGGGGAGAAACCAUUUUCAUGUUCUGAAUGUGGGAAAUGUUUUUCAGAGCAAUACGACCUGAAAAUUCAUUAUAGAACCCACACAGGUGAGAAACCAUUUUCGUGUUCUGAAUGUGGGAAAUGUUUCUCAAGCAAAUUUUAUCGUGAUUGCCAUCAAAGGACCCACACAGGGGAGAAACCAUUUUCUUGUUCUGAAUGUGGGAAAUGUUUUUUAAGUAAAUCUUAUCUAGAUCGUCAUCAAAGGACUCACAAAGGGGAGAAACCAUUUUCUUGUUCUGAAUGUGGGAAAUAUUUUUCACAACAAUCCCACCUUAAAAUUCAUUAUAAAACCCACACAGGGGAGAAACCAUUUUCAUGUUCUGAAUGUGGGAAAUGUUUUUCAGAGCAAUACGACCUGAAAAUUCAUUAUAGAACCCACACAGGGGAGAAACCAUUUUCUUGUUCUGAAUGUGGGAAAUGUUUUUCACAGCAAUCCCACCUUAAAAUUCAUUAUAAAACCCACACAGGGGAGAAACCAUUUUCUUGUUCUGAAUGUGGGAAAUGUUUUUCACAGCAAUCCAACCUUAAAAUUCAUUAUAAAACCCACACAGGGGAGAAACCAUUUUCUUGUUCCAAAUGUGGGAAAUGUUUUUCAAACAAAUCUGAGCUUGAUCGCCAUCAAAGGACUCACACAGGGGAGAAACCGUUUUUAUGUUCUGAAUGUGGGAAAUGUUUUUCAAGAAAAUCUCAUCUACAUACUCAUCAAAGGAUUCACACAGGGGAGAAACCAUUUUCUUGUUCUGAAUGUGGGAAAUGUUUUUCAAACCGAUCUGAUCUCAAUCGUCAUCAAAGGACUCACACAGGGGAGAAACCAUUUUCUUGUGUUGAAUGCGGGAAAUGUUUUUUAAACCAAUCUGACCUCAGUCGUCAUCAAAGGACUCACACAGGGGAGAAACCAUUUUCUUGUUCUGAAUGUGGCAAAUGUUUCUCAAGGAAAUGUCAUCGUGAUUGUCAUCAAAGGACUCACACAGGGGAGAAACCAUUUUCUUGUUCUGAAUGUGGAAAAUGUUUCUCAAGUAAAUUUUAUCGUGAUUGUCAUCAAAGGACUCAUACAGGGGAGAAACCAAUUUCUUGUCCUGAAUGUGGAAAAUGUUUCUCAAGUAAAUUUUAUCGUGAUUGUCAUCAAAGGACCCACACAGGGGAGAAACCAUUUUCUUGUUCUGAAUGUGAGAAAUGUUUUCCAAACCGAUCUCAACUCAAUCGUCAUCAAAUGACUCACACAGGGGAGAAACUAUUUUCAUGUUACAAAUGUGGGAAAUGUUUUCCAAACCAAUCUGAACUCAGUCGUCAUCAAAGGACUCACACAGGGGUGAAACCAUUUUCUUGUUCUGAAUGUGGGAAAUGUUUCUCAAGCAAAUUUUAUCGUGAUUGUCAUCAAAGGACUCACACAGGGGUGAAACCAUAUUCUUGUCCUGAAUGUGGGAAAUGUUUCUUAACACAAUCACUCCUUAAAAAGCAUCAUAGAACUCACACAGGGGAGAAACCAUUUUCUUGUUCUGAAUGUGGUAAAUGUUUUUCAAAGAAAUCCCACCUUAAAAUUCAUUAUACAACCCACACAGGGGAGAAACCAUUUUCAUGUUCUGAAUGUGGGAAAUGUUUUUCACAGCGAUCCGACCUAAAAAUUCAUUAUAGAACCCACACAGGGGAGAAACCAUUUUCUUGUUCUGAAUGUGGGAAAUGUUUUAUAAAAAAAAAUAAUCUACAUAAUCACCGGAGAACCCACAAAGGAGAGAAACUUUUUCCUUGUUCUGAAUGUGGAAAAUGUUUCUCAAGAAAAUUUUAUCGUGAUCUUCAUCAAAGGACUCACACAGGGGAGAAACCAUUUUCUUGUGUAGAAUGUGGGAAAUGUUUUUUAAGAAAACAUCAUCUACAUAGUCAUCAAAUGACUCACAAAGUGGAGAAGCCAUUUUCAUGUUCUGAAUGUGGGAAAUGUUUUUCAACACAAUCCCACCUUAAAAUUCAUUAUAGAACCCACACAGGGGAGAAACCAUUUUCAUGUUCUGAAUGUGGGAAAUGUUUUUUAGACCAAUGCAACCUGAAAAUUCAUUAUAGAACCCACACAGGGGAGAAACCAUUUUCUUGUUCUGAAUGUGGGAAAUGUUUUUCACAGCAAUACCAACUUAAAAUUCAUUAUAAAACCCAUACAGGGGAGAAACCAUUUUCAUGUUCUAAAUGUGGGAAAUGUUUUUCACGGCAAUCCCACCUUAAAAUUCAUUAUAAAACCCACACAGGGGAGAAACCAUUUUCAUGUUCUGAAUGUGGGAAAUGUUUUUUAGACCAAUUCAACCUGAAAAUUCAUUAUAGAACCCACACAGGGGAGAAGCCAUUUUCUUGUUCUGAAUGUGGGAAAUGUUUUUCACGGCAAUACCAACUUAAAAUUCAUUAUAAAACCCACACAGGGGAGAAACCAUUUUCAUGUUCUAAAUGUGGGAAAUGUUUUUCACAGCAAUCCCAACUUAAAAUUCAUUAUAAAACCCACACAGGGGAGAAACCAGUUUCUUGUUCCGAAUGUGGGAAGUGUUUUUCAAACAAAUUUGAGCUUGAUCGUCAUCAAAGGACCCACACAGGGGAGAAACCAUUUUUAUGUUCUGAAUGUGGGAAAUGUUUUUCACAGCAAUCCCACCUUAAAAUUCAUUAUACAACCCACACAGGGGAGAAACCAUUUUCUUGUUCUGAAUGUGGGAAAUGUUUUUCAAGAAAAUCUCAUCUAGAUCGUCAUCAAAGGACUCACACAGGGGAGAAGCCAUUUUUUGUUCUGAAUGAGGGAAAUGAUUUGCAUGGAACAGUCGUCUAAAAAUACUUUCACAAUGAGGAAAACCGUAAACUCGUUAUACAAAGGAAGCAUCAGGCAAACAUUCUCUUUCAAGCAGAUUCCAUCUUAAUAUAUGUUUCAGUAUUUACAGAGAGGAACACAUUUGU